GUGUGGCAGGCACGGAUGGAGAACUAGCGAGCAGCGGGAGUGUGAGAGAGACAGCAGCAAAGGGAGAGCGCCACAGCUAAGUCCUCCCUGGCACCUGCCCCAAGUUUCUCUCCUCUUCCCUCCGCCGUCCCACUCACCCAGCUGAAAGCUGCCGCCAUUUGUUGCUUUGGGGGCAGGAAGAGGCAGGAUGGGGGCCCCUUCAGAGGGUGAUACCAUGUCGGUUAUAUACAGUGAAGUCGCUGCAGAUGAGCCUACAACCAACAGUUUUUGGAUGCCCAGUCACUACCACAGCACAGUGAAACGACUGGAUGAUGGCUACCGCGUCUGCGAUCAGAUUGUUGCGUGUUUCCAGGACAGGGCCAAGAUCGAGCGCAGUUAUGCUUUGCAGAUGGAGGAGUGGACUCGCAAGUGGCGGCCCCUUGUGGACGCAAGUCCACUGUAUGGCUCCCUACUCCGAGCUUGGCAAGCGUUCUUGGGAGCCUCCGAGCGGCUGAGCCGGCUCCACAUGGAGAUGCAAAGGGCUUUGGUCUCAGAGGAUGCUGCACGUAUCCGGUCCUGGCAGCAUGAUUCCUAUCACCGCAAGCUGUUUGGAGGCUUCAAGGAGGCAUGUGAGCUAGAAAGCGGCUUCCAGAAGGCACAGAAACCCUGGACCAAGAAGCUGAAGAAGGUCGAGAAAGCCAAAUCUUUGUACCACAAGGCCUGUCGCAAAGAACACAUUGCAGCACUACGGGAGAGCGGAAUCCAGGCCUCGGGGGGGCCUGAAGUGCCCCCCGAUCGGCAGCGUACCCUGAGAGAAGAGCAUCAGCGUUGCAGCCAGGAUGCCAACAAGGUUCGUGAACGUUAUGAGAAAGCCCUGCAGGAGCUUGACCGCUGCAGUCCUCGCUACAUGGAGGAAAUGGAAACGGUUUUUGAACAGGGGCAAGCCCUGGAGCAGCGACGCAUCAUGUUUCUCAAAGGGGCCUUCCUCGCCCUGCACCGGCGCCUAGAUGUCACCGCUGAACCCAGCAUCCAAGCAGUUUAUGCUGACUUGCAACAAGCGAUUGAGGACAUAAACGACCAGGAGGACCUCAAAUGGUGGCGUAACCGAAAUGGUCCUGGGAUGCCCAUGAACUGGCCACGGUUUGAGGGCUGGAGCCCUGACCAGGAGCGGCCAACAGUGAAAAUCAAGAAAACCAAAGAGCCGGAGAAAGCCAUUCUCCGCAGUGUCACCCCUUCCCAGAGCAGUGCAAAGUCUGCACCCAUCUCCAUGUCAGGACAGCGGGUCCGUGCUGUGUAUGACUAUACUGGCCAGGAGGCAGAUGAGCUAAGCUUUAAGGCUGGAGAGCUGCUUACCAAGCUGGAAGAUGAAGAUGAGCAAGGCUGGUGCAAGGGGGUGACAGACAGCGGACAUGUGGGGCUCUAUCCAGCCAAUUACGUGGAACCCAUACAAGGCUAGCGAGAAGGGUUUAGGGACAGUAGGAAGGGUCUGGCUGGGGGAGGGGGGAAUCUCACACCCGUACACCAAUUUAGAAAGACUGCGUUUAUUCUGCACUUAUGAGAUCACACCACAUGACCACAAAACAGGCCACCGUUCGGCAUCCUGAGAAUCCUUAGCUUUAUUUUUUUCUUUAAAGUUUCUAGUCCUUAUGGCUGCAAAGUUAAUUUAGAAAAUGGCUGGGGAGAUCUCAGAAGCCCAGGUGGGCUGAGCUGAACCAAAUAGAAGGGGG